AUGCUGAGUGGGCUCACAGGCGGGAAAGCAAAUGCGGCGGCCACCACAGCCCAGAGGUCAGGGGCAAACCGAAUUAUUGUGAGUGCUUUUGUGCCUUGGCGUGAUGUUUUUCCCUUUUGGUUUUUGGGUGCCAUUGUUUUUGGUUCGGCUGCGCUCCAAUUGGUGGUGCUGCAUGCACCGCUGAGAGCCUCGAGCAAACACCGUUGGCGCCUCUCUUUUUGUUGGGUUGCCGUCCUGGGCGCAUGCGCCUGUUCCGUCUUGUUCGGGCUGCACGCACUGACCGGACAGUCUGAGACUACGGCUGCGCUGGCGUCGCCCUCGCUCUUGGGCCGAACGAAGCAGCAGGAAACGGUGAUGCAUGCGUUGGUUUAUUUAUUGUUUUAUUGUUUUUUUCAAUAUUAUUUUUUUACGCUACGCCCCACUC